AUGCCCUCGACCCUAGUUGUGGGAGCCACCCGCGGCCUUGGAAAGGCUCUGGUGUCAUAUUAUGCCACGCAGCGUUCAUACACGGUGUACGCAACGUCUCGGUCAUCCAGCGCACCUCCCAGCCUCGAAGCAGAUAAUGUUUCCUGGCUCACCAACAUCGACCUGUCCAAACCCAACAGUGGGGAGGACCUGGCGAGAGCGCUAAAAGGCAAAACCGUCGACACCUGUAUCAUCACCGCCGGAUACUUUGCGACCGAGGAUUUUGGCGACGCCAAGUGGGAUGAGCAAGUCAAGAUGUACACGCUCUCUUCAAUCGCCCCAGUCUUCGUGGUUCAAGAAUUAGUCAAGGCCGCCAUCUUGACCCGGGGAAGCAAAGUCGUGUUGAUAUCGUCAGAGUCUGGUUCGAUCACGCUGAGGCAUGAGCAGGAGGGUGGCGGCAAUUAUGGGCACCACGGUUCCAAAGCUGCUUUGAACAUGGUAGCGAAGCAGUUGUCGUUUGACCUUAAGGACAAAGGCGUCGCUGUCGUCUCGGUGCACCCCAGCUUUAUGAGGACCGAGAUGACGAAAGGUGUCGGCUUUGACAAAUUCUGGGACGAUGGAGGUGCGCUCAAACCCGAGGAAGCUGCCCGGAUAUUAGGCGAAUGGGUGGAAGGAGAAUUCUCGUUGGACAAGACGGGCACGUACUGGGCCCCAAGAGGAACUCGUGACAUUGGUAACUGGGAUGUGGUCAUGGGGAAGGAGACGGCCAAAGUAGGGCCUGUCCAGCUUCCAUGGUAA